GCUGUGCUUUUGCCCUUGCAUUUGGUUCAACUUGUUUACUCCGUCCGCAUUUUCACAUCGGCGCCAUGCUUUCCUUUCUGUAUAUUGCUUUGACGGCAAUAUCGCUUUUACUUGCCAGUCCAACAUUUGCAGACCCAGAUGUCACUCAAUUCAAGGUCGACUCGCUUCCAGGAGGCCCUCAUUUGCCUUCCAGCUGGGCCGGACGACUGCCUGUUCCUGGUGCUGAACCAGGCAACGCCCUGUUCUUCUGGCUUUUCCAAGCGGAAGAUCCCGUAUAUGAUGAUAAUCUAAUCAUCUGGCUCAAUGGCGGUCCUGGCUGCUCGUCUUUAAUCGGACUCACCACUGGAAACGGUCCAAUUUCUUUUGAUGGUAACUCAACUCGCGUUGUUGCGAAUCCAUAUUCCUGGACUAAAUUCGGCCAUGUUCUUUAUGUUGACCAACCCGUUGGAACCGGUUAUUCAACUGCAAGCCAGCCUUACCCGGCUGUCGACGAUGACAUUGUGACCACGCACUUCUAUAGCUGGUUGCAAUCGUUCUUCGUCCACUUUCCUCACCUCCUGCAAAAAAAGGUACAUUUAAUGGGCGAGUCUUGGGCCGGGAUCUACAUAUCGUAUUUUGCAACUGCCAUAGUCAACAAUCAUGACUCGUUCCCAAUCAGACUCCGUUCAGUGGCCAUAGGCGAUGGUUCCAUUGGUAAUGGAGCUGCUAUGGCCACUACUACAAUUGGGGCAUAUUUGGAAUCGCAACAGUCGCUUCUCCAGAUUCCGGAUGAUGUCCUGGCUGUUUUCAAAGAAGCAGACGCAACGUGCGGCUUUGACGAUAUCUUGGACCAAGCAGCACAAUUUCCCCCCGAAAGUAAAAUAUCCAUACCUGGAAAUCCAGAAGGUCUCAACACCAAGCAUAGACGCCAGCAACGCAUCGCUCGCGACUUGGGUGACAUAUACACCGGAGCCUGCGCCACCAACCCAACCACAGCGGAAGAAGUUCGGUCAUCAAUCUAUUCCUCCUGCUACGGGCCUUGUGCUACUUACUCUGCUGCAACGGACUACCUGACUACAAUCUUCUCACCAUGCUUCGACCAGUAUGACAUAAGUCACGACUGUAGCACUAUCAACUCAUUUAACGUAGUUGCCUCAUACUUCACCCGUCCCGACGUUCAGACCGCACUGAAUUUGCUUCCAUCAGCCUCAACUUCACCACCAAUAAGCGAUGACACCCACCACCAAACGCCAUCGCCGUUUUUAUCUUGCAAUCCCGACAUCCUCUCUACGCUCAUACUCGGCGGCCAAACCCCAGAAGCGCCCGCGUAUUCCAUCCUCCCAACUCUCGCCACAUCACACAACCUCUCUCUGCACUUUUACUGGGGUGAGAACGACAUACUGCUCAACCACUUCGGCGCGGAGCUUAUCUUGCAAAACAUGACCUGGCACGGAGCCCAGGGUUUCUCAUCACCGAUAACACGCCCGUUCUACCAAGACAACGCGGCUCCUCACGACUCCGAUCCCCGCGGUAGCAGCAGCAGCAGCAGCAACAAUAACAAUAACAGCCCGGGGACCUGUGCUAUCCCCGAAGCCGGAAAAUGGAUUUCAGAGCGCGGUGUAACGUACCACCGGUUUAGGGGCGCGGGACACAGUGUUUUCCUCAGUAAACCACGUGAGAUGUUUGCCUAUGUGCGGGAUGUGGUCGUUGCAAGUGAGGAUUGA